UUGCUUGUCAAUCUGUUAAAAUUUCUUGACCCUCGUGGCACAGUAUCAUACAAGGCCAGAUAGUAAGGUCAGUUAUUGUAUUAUGUCUGGCUCCGUCUGUGCUGAGGCAAUCUCAAUCCAAACAUGGUGAAGUGCUGCGCCCAGAUCAUUGUGAUAGGAUUAAUAUGCGGACUUACUCUUGGUUCGCCCCAUGAAAGAUUUGAGCGCAGCUACGGUAGUGGAUUACUUGGAAUCCUUGGAGGCGGCAGUUCUCGUCAUGACUACGGUUCAUCUCAAGGAAGCCAUGUGGAUCAACAAGUCAGCGAAGUAGGGUCAGCGUACGGAACUGGUGGAGGAUAUGGAGGAAGCGGCAGACAAAGUCUUGGCAGUAGCGGAUGGCAACAAGGAGCCAGCGGGGUAUCAUCUGUACAACACCAUAGUUAUCAUGGUUAUCGUGGAGUUGGACAAGGGGGCGAAACGGUAUAUGAAAGUGGAGUCGGACGUGGAAUAGGCGGUGGACACGAGCAUGUACAUGGAAGUAGUGGCUUAUUAGGUGGUAUAUUAGGUGGCCAUAGACAUAGUCACCAAAGUUGGAAUUAUGGACUCGGAAGUGGUCAUGGACAUACACAUCAAGGAGGUCGUGGAUCCACCCAUAGUGACUGGUAUCACGGAAUGUCACAUGGACACGGAUCUGGUCACUACGAGGGUGGUCAUGGCCAUAUGCAUGGUGGUGAGAACUUGGGGCAAGCUGGUUCAGUACAAGAAGGGUUCAGUGUAGUAGAACAUGGCCAAGAUGGCACUGUAGUAGGAACUGGAGGUGACCGAGACGAUGGACAAGUACAAGGAGUUCGCACGUAUACUCAUACAGUACACUAUCAAGGAGUAAACCAAGGAGGUGCCAUGGACAACGUCCAAGGGCAAGUGCAAGAAAGUGGGGGACAGGUCUUAGUUCAAGAACACGAUCACGAAGGCGGUGAAUUAGAUACUACGGAUGACCAAGAUAUCCAGCAAGGAGUUCGCACAUAUACUCAUACAGUACAUUACCAAGGAGUAACGCAAGAAGGUGUAUCACCUUAUGAUAAGGACAGUGUUCAAGAACAAGUGCACGAAAGUGAGGGACAGGUCCUUGUUGACGAUGACACUGUUUCUAAGCCAACGAGUAUCAACGGAGUAGAACAUGUUGGUGAAGGUGAUGAUUUUGGAACUGGAAGUGGCCAAGAAGUUAGUCGGGUACAGCAAGGAGUUCGCACUCAAAUCCAUAGAGUAACAUAUCAUAGUGUAAAACCAGGAAAUGGCUCCCCUAGUGAUAAGGAAAUCACUCAAGAACAAGUGGAUGAAAGUGGAGGGCAGAUUAUUGUACAAGAUAUUACUGAUGCCGAAUCUACAAAUGUUAACGGAGUAGAUCAUGAUCUUGAAGGCGAUAAAUUAACUACUGGGGUUGACCAAGAUCAGGAUGCUAGUCAAGUUCAGCACGGAGUUCGCACUUACGUUCAUAGAGUAUCGUAUCAUGGAGUAACACAAGAUGGGUCGUCUCCUGAUAAAGAUGAUGUUCAAGAAGUGCACGAAAGUGGUGGACAAGUCCUUGAUGAAGAAAAUGACAAGUCCGAACCUACAAGAGUCAACGAAGUAGAAAAUAAUAACCACGAUGUUGAAUUGGAGACUGGGGACGAUCAAGAUGUUGGUCAACAAGACGUUCGUAACUACGUACGAACAGUAUCUUAUCAUACAGUAACGCAAGGACACAGAUCAAGCAAACCUUCGGAAGUCGGAGACGAUAAUCAAGAACUACAAGGUAGUGACGGGCAAGAAUUAGUUCAUGGACAAGAUGAACUUGAACAAACUUUAGUAGAUGAAGAUAAACCUGAUGAAGUUGGACAAUUGGGAGGAAAACAAACAUCGGAAAUUUGAAAGUACAUAUGAAACUCAAUAUGAAGAAAACGAUAAGGAAUUUCCUGUUGAUAAAACUAGUGGAUUAGAACCUGAUGGAAGCAGUGCGCUUGACCCUGAAGGAGACAGUUCUAAGCCUCAAAAACUUAGUAAAGUACAACCAACGGAGGAAAUAGAAAAUCCUAUAGAACCUGUAGAUCACGAACAAAUACAUGAAAAUAG